AUGUUGCAUUCUUAUCAAGAAGCUGGCCAUAGGCGCUUAUCAAAUCCCCAAAGUCUAUGUUGCAUUCUUAUCAAAGAAGCUGGCCAUAGGCGCCAAAUCGAUUCUAUGUUGCAUUCUUAUCAAAAAGCUGGCCAUAGGCGCCAAAUCGAGUCUAUGUUGCAUUCUUAUCAAGAAGCUGGCCAUAGGCGCCAAAUCGAGUCUAUGUUGCAUUCUUAUCAAGAAGCUGGCCAUAGGCGCCAAAUCGAGUCUAUGUUGCAUUCUUAUCAAGAAGCUGGCCAUAGGCGCCAAAUCGAGUCUAUGAUGCAUUCUUAUCAAAAAGCUGGCCAUAGGCGCCAAAUCGAGUCUAUGAUGCAUUCUUAUCAAGAAGCUGGCCAUAGGCGCCAAAUCGAGUCUAUGUUGCAUUCUUAUCAAGAAGCUGGCCAUAGGCGCCAAAUCGAGUCUAUGAUGCAUUCUUAUCAAGCUGGCCAUAGGCGCCAAAUCAGUCUAUGUUGCAUUCUUAUCAAAAGCUGGCCAUAG